UAAACAGGUCCGGAUAAGGAAAAUAUUAUAAAAUAUUCCACAUUACUUUUCAUUCGAUAAGCACUCUGCAUUCUCUGAUUCCAGUUUUCCACAAAUUGUCUUUGAAAUGACAUUACUCCUUUUGUUUAUUUUCAUUGACCUAGCUUAAUCCAUGACCAUGAUGCUACUCAAACAUUAGAGAGAUCACUUGUGUGUGUGUGUAUGAGAGAGAGAGAGAGAGAGAAAUGGCCAGGGGAAGAAGGUUCUGUUACAGAGAGGUGUUGCCAUUCACACUCAUGGUUAUGGUGGAGUGUGCCAAUGUUGGGUCAAGCACACUUUAUAAAGCAGCCACUUUGAAAGGGAUGAGCUAUUGUGUCUUCAUAGUCUACUCUUAUGCUGUUUCUGCUCUUGUUCUCAUACCUUUAGCCUUCUUCUUCCACAGAAAAACAGCACUUCCUCCAUUUGACAAAUUUCUUGUGGGUAGAAUCUGCCUCCUUGGAGUUCUUGGGUUCACUUGUCAGAUGCUUGGAUAUAAAGGGAUAGAGUAUGCUUCUCCAACUCUUGGUUCUGCCAUGAGCAAUCUCACACCAGCUUGUACCUUUAUACUUGCCAUCAUUUUCAGGAUGGAAAGGCUGGAAGUAAGAAGCCCAAGCACAGUGGCUAAAAUCAUUGGCACCAUAGUAUUGAUCUCUGGUGCAUUUGUAGUGAUUUUAUAUACAGGACCAGCAAUUGUAACAGAGACUAUAUCACAAUCCAUUUCACUCAAUCAUAUUCUGAAGUUAUUACGAUCAAAUUGGUCCAUCGGUGGUCUUCUCCUUGCAAUUGAUUAUGUUAUACUCGCUGUUUGGUACAUUAUUCAGGCUCAAACAGUUAAGAAGUAUCCAGCAGAGUUUAUUUUAGUGUUCCUCUACAACCUCUGUAUUACCGUCAUAUCCACACCAGUAUGUUUAAUUAUAGAACCUAACUUAAGCGCGUGGAAAAUAAAAGCCGAUGUAGCACUGCUCUCCAUAUUAUACACAGGAAUAGUUGGAUCAGCCUUUGGUACUGUUGUUCACACAUGGAGCCUGAAAACAAAGGGACCUGUCUAUGUUGCGUUGUUUAGGCCAUUGUCAAUUGCCAUUGCAGCUGUCAUGGGUGUCAUUUUCCUUGGCGAGGCUCUCUAUCUUGGAAGUGUUGUUGGCGCGAUAAUAAUAGCUGUUGGUUUUUAUGUUGUAAUGUGGGGAAAAGCAAAUGAAGAGAUGAGUGAGGACUUUGGUGUUGAUAGUGUGGAAUCACUUCCCACAUCAACUGCCCCUUUGCUGCAAGAUUAUAUAAGUGAAGAGAAGUAGAACAAACCUAUACAUUUGGCAGAGACGUCUAAUAGCGCGAUGUCUUAGCCUGCGUCCUAAAACCACCAAUUCUUUUGUUCAUGGUGGGAGAAAAGGGCACAUUAUAUUAGAAACUAUACAUUGAAUGCAUUUGUUGCUUCAUAUUGAGCAACUGUCAAUAAGUUUAUCUCAUUUUUCUUUUUUUCUCCAAGGAAUAUACCUAUCUCGGAGAAUAGAGCUAUUCUGCUCUGCAAAGGGUCUGAAAUAUUCAUGGGGAGAUAAUUCAAAGUAUUCGGUAAUGGUUCUCUCAAGUGCAGGGUUUGGAGCUGUUGAGAGGAAGGUGCUUUGGCUCUGGUUUAUGAAUUUAUAAGAUGGUUUGGAGGUUCAAUUUGAUCACCGAAGUCAACCCUAGUUGCUGAGAUAUGAUGUUUGUCCAAGUCUUGGAGUGGCUGGUAUUGCUUGCUUAUAGUAUUAGGCUACUGGCCUUGUAUGCAGUUUGCUGCUACUUGUUUUUCAGCAUUGUGUUUUGUGUAAGAAUUUUUAUAAAAUACGUGGGGGGUAAAAUAGUCAUUAUAUUUUGGUGUUGUUCAUGGUAGGAGAACAGUGUACAUUGUGUUAGAAGCUAUUUGGUGAACUUGUUUGUUGCAAUGU